CCGGCUGAGUUCCUGCCUCCUCGGGAACAAAGGGAACUCUGUCUCGGCAUCUGUCACCGCCGCCCACCCAAAACUUUUCGCUGCGCCUCGGCCGCCCGCCCCGCCGCCGCGGGAGGGUCCCGCCGCACCCCCGGCCCCGGCACCGGAGCGGCGGCGGAGCGACCCCGGCGCGGCCCAUGCAAGGGCCGAGGCGGCGGCGGCGGCCCGGGGGCUUCAGCCAGGAGAGGUCCGCGGGCGGCUCCACCAUGUCGGAUAGCGACUUCGGGGAGGACGACAGCGCCACAUCCGCGGACCCCUCGCAGGCCAGCAAAAGGAAGAGAAGGGGCAACCUGCCCAAGGAGUCGGUGAAGAUCCUGCGGGACUGGCUGUACGAGCACCGCUUCAAUGCCUACCCCUCGGAGCAGGAGAAGCUGAGCCUCUCGGGGCAGACCAGCCUCUCCGUGCUGCAGAUCUGCAACUGGUUCAUCAACGCCCGGCGGCGGCUGCUGCCCGACAUGCUGCGCAAGGACGGCAAGGACCCCAACCAGUUCACCAUCUCCCGCCGCGGGGGCAAGGCUGCCGACGUGGCGCUGCCGCGGGGCGCCGGCGCCGGGGUGCUGGUGGUGCCUCCUCCCGUGACGGCCGCCGGGGCCUCCAAGGUGCUCUCCAUGUCCGUGUGCCCGCAGGUACUGUGCCACCCCGUCCGGGCGCUGGGCGGCGGCCUGGCGGUGGUGAGCGCCCACGGCCCCGACUGGGAGAAGCCUCCCGGGCCGCGGCGAGCGGAGCCGGACCCUGCCCCCAGGGCGGCGCAGGCUGCCCCCGGCAGCACCGUGGCCCUGCUGGCGCGGGCCGAGGCCGCCAGCCCCACCAGCGGACUCUUCAACACGCCGCCCCCCACGCCCCCCGAGCUCUUCGGCGACGACUUCAGCAGCUUCCAGCUGUUGGUGGAGGUGGCGCUGCAGAAGGCGGCCGAGCUGGAGUCGCAGCGGCGCGGCGGGCAGCUGCCCCUCCCGCCCCGCACCGAGCCCCCCGCCGCCUCCCUCGCCAAAUAACCCCCCCGGGCCCGGCCCACAGCCUGCCCUUCCCCGGGGGGUGCCUGACCCUCCCGGGCUCAUGCCGCCCUGGCCAGCUCACCGGGGCAGCCCCGGCUCUGGCAGCCACCGCGGGAGGGGAAGGGCUGUGCCGCCCUGCGGCCCCGCUGCCGCCAGGCACGGGGGAAGCCCUGGGCAGCUUGGCCGCCCUCUCCCCGCGCUGCGGGGCUGCCCGCGCAGAACCUCCUGCCUCCUCGGUGCCCUGCUCGGGUGCCACCUUCCCUGAGACAGGCUCACAUCCAGCUACUGCCCUCCCCCUCCCCUGGCAGCAGGGUCCCUGCCAGCGCCGUCUGUGCAGGGCGAGCAAGAGGGAAUUGAGUUCUGGGUCGCAGACGGUGUCUGUCUCAAGGGCUGUGCGUGAAAAGCUUCUCCUCUCGGACCUCUCCCCCUGUCCCUUCGCCCUCCUCCUCCCCCUUUGUUUGCGGAGGGCCUUUUUGGUGCCUGGUGCUGGCCAGGAGCUGUGUGCCCAGGGCAGGGGCAGGGACACAAGGACUGGAAACCUCAGGUCUGGGCAGCAAACGUGGCACCCUCCCUCCGCUUUAGGGUGUUAGAGAUGCUGCCAGUAGACAUCUCCAUGGUGCUGUUCAGCAAUGUUUUUUUGUUGGGACCUUUUCCCUUGAGCUGUGACUUUAUUAUGUGCCCAGUUUGGUUGGGUUUUUGUUUUCCUUUUUCCCCUCCUCUAAGCAUUUCCACAACUUCCCUCCCCCCCUCCCCCCCCUUCCUCUUCAGCCCCUGCUGAACCUGUGCGCACUGUGCUGGAGCAGAGAGCACCGUGCAGAGCCCUCCAGAUGCUGUCAGCAGGCUGGAGGCCAAGCUGAGACUGUGAAGUUUUGUACCCAACCUCUUCACUUUGGGUUUUUGAUGACUCGUUUUGUUUUUAACCCCUCUGGAAGAAGCCUGCGGCAGGCUCGGGCAGCUGCAUCCUGUGCCCUGCCGCAGCAGCACUCCCAGCCCGCGGCUCAGGCUGCCGCACGGCGGAGCUGGCUCGGCCCCAGCUGCCGCUGCCCUGCCCCGGCGGCCCGCAGGGGUCGAGUCCUGUCGGUGCUGCGCGGUCGCCUCCCUCCGCUCUUGCUCCGCAGGGCUGAGCUGGGCUGCGCUGCUGGGGACCUCUAGUGACAGCCGGGAGCCGGCUGAGCCCCCCCGGCCCGGCCCGCGGGGAGCCGGUGCGGUGCUGCCCUGCGCCUCCGCCGCCUGCCCCGAGAAACACUAAUCCUAGCUCGUUAGCCUGGUGAUUAAGUUGCAUGAUUAGAGGUAAUGACUGCCCCGGGCCCUGGUGCCCUGCGGCGGUGCCCAGGGAGCAGCAGCCUGCGGGCUGGAUGGGGCCAGGGAGGGGAGAAGCUGAAUCUGGGGACUGGGCUCUUCCUUUGCCCCUUUUCUCCCGAGAGGAGGGCACAGGGAGGGGAGCUCCCCGGUGCCCGGAGGGUGGCUGUGCGGCGCCGGGGUGGCUGCAGCCCUGGCACUGCCUGGCUGGGCAGAGGGCACCACCUCAGGGCUGUCAGCAUCCUCAUCCCCCACCCCGGCUCCACCUGGUGCCCAGCCCUUGCCCUCCGUCUCCGUUCCGAGCACAGCCCUCCGUUAGAGCCCCCUCCCUUGUUCCUAGGUAGCCCUUGGCCCUGCCGCCCCCCCUGCCGUUCCGCUGCCUCCCCCGGAGGCUGGAGAGGAUGUUUCUGUCUUCGUUUGUUUUCUCUCGGUCUCCUCCUCCUCUUGUGGCCCAGUUCAGACCAAAGUGGUUCCCCCCCCGCGCAGGGCAGGGAGCUGCAGCUGUGCCGGUGCCGCGGGGCAGUGUCGGUGCCCUGCGGACGGCCCGGGGAGGGGGCAGGGGGCAGCGGGCAGCGGGCAGCGGGCAGCGGAGCGAAGCAGAACUGCUGUAAAUGCUCUCCUGGGCUUCUUCCCGUGCCAAAUAAAAGGGUUUAGUUUUGGUGGUG